AUAUUUGCUGUUUGUUUUAUCAUCAUAUUUUUUAUUUUAAUUUAACUAUUUAAUAAUACAAACACACACACACAACAGACUCAAGAAAAUAUUCAGAUGAUUAUUUGAGUAAAAAUAUUUAUUGGAUCAUCAUCAUCAUCAUCAUCAUUGAAUUGAAUCACCAAAAAAAUUCAUCAUUUAAUAACAACGACAUUUCUUCAUCAUCAUCAUCAUCAAAAUCUUGUAAUCGAAACGAAUAUCGAGAAUAUUUUACAGCAAAAACAAGUGCCGAAACGUAAAAAAACAGACAAAAAUUAAUUCAAUUUUAUUGAGUGAAUAUAUAUAAUAAUCUUCUAUUCUGAUCGAUUAAAUGGAAGGAAAUAAAGACGAAAGUAAACGAUGUAUGGCUAUAGCCGAACAGGCAUUAUCAAGAAAAGAUUUUAAUAAAGCGGUAAAAUUUGCUCAAAAAGCUGAUCAAUUAUAUUCGACUGAGGUAACAAAAAAUUUACUAAACAAAGCAAAAUUAUUGGCCGAAAGUCGCCAUAAUCCUACAUUUGAUGAUUCAAGUAAUAGUACUAAUAAUCAUCAACGGAAAAAUUCAGAAUCAUCAACAAAUAAUAAUAUGGAUAAUGAACAACAAAACCAAUCAUCAUCAUCGUCAUCGACGACAACAAAUGAUCAGCCAAAAUCGGUUGAUUAUAUACGAAAUUGUAAAGAUUAUUAUGAAAUAUUAAGCGUUUCGAAACAGGCAACGGAAAAAGAGAUAAAAACACAAUAUCGUAAAUUAGCAUUACAAUUUCAUCCAGAUAAGAAUAAAGAACCUGGUGCUGCCGAAGCAUUUAAAGCUAUUGGUAAUGCAUUUGCCGUUUUAAGUGAUCCAGACAAACGACGUAAAUAUGAUCAAAUUGGUACAAUAGAUGAUUCCGAUUAUCCAUCAUUUAGUUCAUCACGUAGACGUGGCUAUGAUUAUUCACGUGGUUUUGAAGAUUUCAAUGCUGAUGAAAUAUUCAAUAUGUUUUUUGGUGGUGGUUUUCCUACCGGUAAUGUUUAUGUCUAUAGAAAUGGUAAUGGUGGUUGGAAUCAACAUCAUUCACAUCAUCAUCAACAACAACGGACAAAUCGUCAACAUGAAUCACAAGCAACGGCUGGUUAUACGGUUCUAUUACAAAUAUUGCCCAUAUUAUUUUUCAUUUGUAUCUCAUUAUUAAGUAAUCUUGUUCCAGAUAAUCCUUAUAGUCUACAACGAUCACACAAAUAUCCAUAUCAACGAUUCACCGAGAAUCUAGAAGUGCCCUAUUUUGUUAAAGAAAAUUUUGAACGUGAUUACAGAGAUAGCCUAUCACAGAUUGAAAGACAUGUGGAAGAAAGUUAUAUUUCGAAUCUACAAACAUCCUGUUUUAAAGAAAGAAAUUAUAAAGAGAAUCUAAUUUAUCGAGCUCGAUUUUUACGUGAUACUACAAUGGAAUCAAAAGCGCAAGCAUUGAAAACACCAUCCUGUGACCGUUUAGCACAGAUGCAGAAAGAAUAUUAUUGAAACGAAUUUUGAAACUGAAAAUAAUGAUAAUGAUGAUGAUGAUGAUGAUAAUGAAUAAUAAUCAUAUUCGACGACCAACCACAAGUGAUUGAUUCCUUGUUUCUUUCAUAUGCUCUUUUUUUGUGUCCUGUAAUUCUUUCAUUUCACAUCUUUAUACAAUAAUAAUAAUAAUUACAACUAAGAAUAAUUAUUUAAUUAUUAUAGAAUUAUUAUAAUUGAAAAUGUGCAGUACUUACAUACACACCCACAUACAUACAUACAAAACACACCAUUUUAACCCGGCCCUCAUUUAUGAUAGGAAUAUAUCACUUUUUUUUUGUUUGUUUA